ACACGUUCCGGACCAUGGCGCUGGAGGAGGACCCCAUGCCCGUCGUGCCGCACCCUGGCGAAGUCGUUUCGUACUUUGUGGCCGAGGACCGAGGGCCGGCGUCCACGCCGGGCGCCAGCGUGGUACUGUUGGACCAGCGUCCGGCGCCCUUCGCCACCGACGUGCACCUGAUGGCCAGCUCCACGGCGCCAGGAGCGCCAGUGACUCCGCUGCUGAUCCUGGUGCCCAGUGGCCCCGCCGACGAGCCGUGGACCGCUUCCGUGAGUCCAAGACCACCUCCCUGGACGCCCUCCGUGAGUCCAGGGCCACCACCGUGGGCUUCAGCCGUGAGUCCGAGGCCGCCGCCGUGGACAUCCCACGUGAGCCCCAGCUCACCGCCGUCAUGGACGGCGCCCUGGAGCCCGUCCUGGCCGGCUCCCGGGAGCCCGACGACGUCGCCGUCGUUGCCAGCCCCCGUGGGCCCCAGGCCACCACCUGCGUGGGCCAGCCCCUCGCCGUCGGCGUCUCACCGCCAGCCGCAGUGGGCGCUGCCGGCGUGGCCCUCGGCCGGCGCUGGCCACCAGCAGCAGCCGGAUAGCGCCGAGGCGGCCGCCACCAUCGACCUGAUGCCGUCAGGACCAGAAUCCAACUCGGUGGUGCCGGCAGCACGCCCAGAGGCCACCCUUCACAGCCUGAGGAGCAACAUUAGCGCCCUGCUCGACAGCGUCCUGUACCGUCCACCUGCCCCUAGUGCCGCCCAGGACACCGCCCACGCCACCCCCGGCGCUGCGCCCACCGCCGCUAACGACGCCAACGCCACCGCCUCUGAGGUCCCCGAGGCGCACGCUGCAGCGGAGCAGCCCUCGCAGACCUCCAGGGUGUGCACCUCCGCGGCUGACGGCUCGUCGGGGGUCUGCUACUCGGCGACCGAGUGUCGACGCCGAGGUGGGCGUGCUGAGGACGUCUGCCAGGGGAGCGGGCCCGGGCCGUGGAGCGCGGCCGAGUCAGCCGUGUCCGUGUGCUGCGUGUUCCGCUACUCCUGCGGCGACGUCACCUCCGAGACCUCGGCCACCUUCCAGUCGCCCGACUUCCCCUCCAAGUCCUCCGGGUCGCUCGCCUGCGACUUCGACGUGGUGGUGCAGAGGGACGCCUGCGCCGUCAGGGUGGAGUUCGUGUCAGCGCAGGUUGCGCGCCGCCUGGGCGGGGCCUGUGAUGUGGACCAGCUCCUCGUCCUAAACUCGGCAGACGGCCCGACCGCCCCCCUGUGCGGACCGCUCUCCGGCUACGCCACGACGGUCGCCGUCACUCCCGGCCAGCAGAAGCCCCUGAAGGUGGCGGCGCUUCUCCAGAGCGAGGGCCCCUACUACUGGAGCGUGCAGCUGACGCAGCUGACCUGCCACCGGCUCCCGCAGCUACAAGCGCCUGCGUCCUGCGGACGACAGUUCCCGCCCGAUGAGGCCGCGGGCGACACCCCCCAGCAGGGGCCGUACAACUACCACCACCAGCCGGGCCUGCAGGGCAUGCAGGGCCCCAUGCGCAGGGUGGGGGACGUGUUCGGGGCCAGGCAGCCCGGUGGGGUGUGGUGGGACUUCCCCGAGGCCACGAGCACCUUCCACCAGCGGGCGCUCCGCCGGCAGCUGCAGCAGCUGCGCCAGGUGGGGUCAGGCAUGCACCUGCCGCAGCUGCUGGAGCGCAUCGUGGGCGGGCAGGACGCGUCGCGCGGUGAGUUCCCCUGGCAGGCGGCGCUGCUGCUCGACCACCUCUUCUUCUGCGGCGGCACGCUCCUCAACCACGAGUUCGUGCUGACGGCCGCGCACUGCCUGAUGACGCGGGACACGGCCAUCUCGCAGCUGCGCGUGCUGCUGGGCGCGCUGGACCUGACGGCGGCUCGCGAGCCGGGCGGCGAGGAGCGAGGCGUGCGCCGGGUGCUGUUCCACUCGCACUUCCAGCCCUUCCUGCUGGACCACGACAUCGCGCUGCUGCAGCUGCAGCGGCCCGUCGCCUUCUCCAGCGUCAUCGAGCCCGCCUGCCUGCCCGGGCUCCAGGGCAUGACCGGCGGCCCCCCGCCGGGGCUGACGGCCUGGGUGACGGGCUGGGGGAUCACGUCCUUCCCCGCGGGGGACCCCAGCGCCGUGCUGCAGCGCCUCGCCGUGGAGACGCUGCCCGUGGCGGUGUGCGCCCGCCAGCUGGAGGAGCCCCUGGGGCCCGGCAUGGUCUGCGCCGCGCCCGCCUCCGUCCAGGGGACCUGCUUCGGGGACAGUGGCGGCCCGCUCACGCUCGAGCACGCCGGCCGCAGCUACGUCGUCGGCGUCGUCAGCUUCGGCGUGACGGGCUGCGCCGCUCUGCCGCACUUCCCCGACGUGUACACCCGCGUGUCGCAGUACCUGCAGUGGAUCCACGUCAACGCGCUGCCCUGAGGGCGGGGGCGGCGCACCACCGAGACCCUGAUCCCGUCAAUACGAACCCGUCGGCCUGCGGCGCCCCUCUGCUACCGCCCUCGAGCUUAUCAACACAGACACGUACUUGGCGGUUAUUUCCCCGCUGCUUAUAACGCCGUCCGAGCCGAGCCGCGCCCCGCCGCGCCACGCCGGGUAAAACUUGAUUACAAAGUUGGCGCGCUCACUUUUUUUACUGCGCAAGAGGCGAGCGUUUUAUCAAUAUUUAUACGGAGGGUGGCCACUCCACUCUAUACACACCGGUGAGAACGCCGGUGGGGGUUGUGGCGGGGCGGGGCGCGGCGGGGGCGGACGGGGUAGUCCUCCCCUGCCCCAGCGCGAGCCUAUUUGCGAUUCAGAUCACUGUCCUCCAAGACGGGUACGACGAUGACGUGGCGGGGGCAUCUAGGGAGCCGCGCAAAAAUAAAAUCACAAGUGUGGCAAAGGGGGAAAUGAAACUCAGACAGCGAAAAAUAAUAUCUGUGGGCGAGAGCGACAUGUUUGAACGCAAGACGGCGUGAUCUCUGCAAAAUAAAUACAAAAUACCAAAACUGGUCUUAAGCAUGACAUAACCCAUGUAAAUGACGACAUGUUGCACCAUCACCAACAUCCCAGGUGGGCUCUUACAUAGCGCUCCAUCGGCACCUCGAACGAAAAUGAAAAGAGCAAACACUGCGGGGGAUGGAAUCGGCUUGCGUCCUUUUCUGAUUGGAUUCUAUCUUCUUCUAAAACUAAUCAAGACGGCGCGUGCGAGUCUGUUCAUUCUUCCGGUUGCGUUCUCCAAAAGACUUUCGUUUCGGGCGCCACUGAAACACCCUAUUGAUGCUCAAUGAGACCGUAAUCAAUCCUCUAUACUCCGAGGAUGCUUGGGAGGCCGCCUGCGGGUGGGCGGGGUAGGCCAGCCCGCCGGGCACCGCGGCCACUGGGCUGCCUACCGCGCGGGCGGGCGGGCCGUCUCCCGCGCCAACCCCAACCACCGUGGCGCCGCCGCGGCCUCAGCCAUCAGCCGCCCUCCUCCCCU